AUGCAGGAAAACCUGAACCCAGAGGAUGAGGUGGACGAGUUCUUAGGGAGAGCCAUCGACGCCAGGAGUAUUGACCGGCUACGCUCGGAACACGUCAAGAAGUUCCUGCUGACCUUCAGAGAACCAGACCUGGAGAAGAAGGUACUGACGUCCUCCUCCAGGGAGAUGACUCCACAUAAUCACACUAAAGUCCUGAGGGAAAUGACUCCACAUAAUCACACUAAGGCCCUGAGGGAAAUGACUCCACAUAAUCGGACUAAGGCCCUGAGGGAGAUGACUCCACAUAAUCACACUAAAGUCCUGAGGGAAAUGACUCCACAUAAUCAGACUAAGGCCCUGAGGGAAAUGACUCCACAUAAUCACACUAAGGCCCUGAGGGAAAUGACUCCACAUAAUCGGACUAAGGCCCUGAGGGAGAUGACUCCACAUAAUCAGACUAAGGCCCUGAGGGAAAUGACUCCACAUAAUCACACUAAGGCCCUGAGGGAAAUGACUCCACAUAAUCACACUAAGGCCCUGAGGGAAAUGACUCCACAUAAUCGGACUAAGGCCCUGAGGGAAAUGACUCCACAUAAUCAGACUAAGGCCCUGAGGGAAAUGACUCCACAUAAUCACACUAAGGCCCUGAGCGAAAUGACUCCACAUAAUUGGACUAAGGCCCUGAGGGAAAUGACUCCACAUAAUCACACUAAGGUCCUGAGGGAAAUGACUCCACAUAAUCACACUAAGGUCCUGAGGGAAAUGACUCCACAUAAUCACACUAACACCCUGAGGGAAAUGACUCCACAUAAUCACACGAAGGCCCUGAGGGAAAUGACUCCACAUAAUCAGACUAAGGCCCUGAGGGAAAUGACUCCACAUAAUCAGACUAAGGCCCUGAGGGAAAUGACUCCACAUAAUCACACUAAGGCCCUGAGAGAAAUGACUCCACAUAAUUGGACUAAGGCCCUGAGGGAAAUGACUCCACAUAAUCACACUAAGGUCCUGAGGGAAAUGACUCCACAUAAUCACACUAAGGUCCUGAGGGAAAUGACUCCACAUAAUCACACUAACACCCUGAGGGAAAUGACUCCACAUAAUCACACGAAGGCCCUGAGGGAAAUGACUCCACAUAAUCAGACUAAGGCCCUGAGGGAAAUGACUCCACAUAAUCACACUAAGGCCCUGAGGGAAAUGACUCCACAUAAUCACACUAAGGCCCUGAGGGAAAUUACUCCACAUAAUCGGACUAAGGCCCUGAGGGGAAUGACUCCACAUAAUCAGACUAAGGCCCUGAGCGAAAUGACUCCACAUAAUCGGACUAAGGCCCUGAGGGAAAUGACUCCACAUAAUCGGACUAAGGCCCUGAGGAAAAUGACUCCACAUAAUCAGACUAAGGCCCUGAGGGAAAUGACUCCAUAUAAUCACACUAAGGCCCUGAGGGAAAUGACUCCACAUAAUCACACUAAGGCCCUGAGGGAAAUGACUCCACAUAAUCACACUAAGGCCCUGAGGGAAAUGACUCCACAUAAUCACACUAAGGCCCUGAGGGGAAUGACUCCACAUAAUCAGACUAAGGCCCUGAGCGAAAUGACUCCACAUAAUCGGACUAAGGCCCUGAGGAAAAUGACUCCACAUAAUCGGACUAAGGCCCUGAGGGAAAUGACUCCACAUAAUCAGACUAAGGCCCUGAGGGAAAUGACUCCACAUAAUCAGACUAAGGCCCUGAGGGAAAUGACUCCACAUAAUCACACUAAGGCCCUGAGGGAAAUGACUCCACAUAAUCGGACUAAGGCCCUGAGGGAAAUGACUCCACAUAAUCACACUAAGGCCCUGAGGGAAAUUACUAAACAUAAUCACACUAAGGCCCUGAGGGAAAUGACUCCACAUAAUCGGACUAAGGCCCUGAGGGAAAUGACUCCACAUAAUCACACUAAGGCCCUGAGGGAAAUGACUCCACAUAAUCACACUAAGGCCCUGAGGGAAAUUACUAAACGUAAUCACACUAAGGCCCUGAGGGAAAUGACUCCACAUAAUCAGACAAAGGCCCUGAGGGAAAUGACUCCACAUAAUCAGACUAAGGCCCUGAGUGAAUCUUCUGGAUAUAUCUUUAGCAGUGGAAAUGUCAAACGAGUAAGCAGUGUAUUCAUUUGUGUCAGGAUUGAUUGUCAAACUCAGGAGGUCCAUGAGUUUUUCCUAACUACAACAGGAAAAUGUUUUAGUGUUAGUCUAUAACUAAGGGAUUUUUCCCUGUCAGGUGUCAUGGUCAGUUCAAAAGAUUCAGGGCCUUUGUCAAGACAAGCAAUUCUGCUACAAAUUGCUACACCACUCACUGGUGUGACAUAUCCAGGGCAUGUCAAAGCUAAAAGGAAGAGAGAGGGGUAAAAAUGAUGCUGGUAAAAGGGAAGAUACAUAAAAGGUGAGAGAGGGCGAGAGCAGUUAGAGAAAGGAGAGGCAGAGAGGGAGUGGGAGAAAGAGAGAGCGAUAAAAAUGAUGCAGAUAUAAAAGGAAAGAGAAGGAAGAGGUGAGAGGGAAGGAGAGAGAGGGUGAAGGCAGAGAGAGAGAAAGAGAAGGGACAGAGGCCCCAUUUUCAACCUACUCUCUUUCACCUCUCCCUCUCUCAUCCUCUCUCAUUCUCUCUCGUCGGGGUAAAGGGGCUGUAUAGUGGCUACUUAGAACUGAUCCAAAGCCCUCUCUCAGUGUGUCAGCCCCCAGCCCAGUCUUCUGUGGGAGAGAUAAUCACUGACUUUGUUUUCCUCUAUUACCUGUCAUCUGAAAGAUCUCAUAAUUCACCUCCUGAGUAACUAUGCCAGCCAGACACACACACACACACACACACACACACACACACACACACUAUUCACCUCCUGAGCACAUCCUUUAGGCCCAGCCAGAGACACUGCUGCAUGUGGAUGGAUGGAUAGAUGGCUGGAUAGAUAGAUACAGUCGAUAGAUAGAUGGAUGGAUAGAUGGCUGGAUAGAUAGAUACAGUAGAUAGAUAGAUGGAUAGAUGGAUGGAUGGAUGGAUGGAUAGAUGGAUGGAUGGAUAGAUGGAUUGAUGGAUGGAUGGAUGGAUGGAUGGAUGGAUAGAUGGAUUGAUGGAUGGAUGGAUGGAUGGCCGUUCAGCUGUGUAACCGUUACCAUGCUGUUCUCACAGUGUGAGGCUGUUGUGUCCUCACAUCAGUAUACUGUACUAAAGGGUUUGAAGUGAGAUGUGAAGCAGUCAGCCAGCCUCUGGUUACCUUACUGCUCUUAACAUAGUCUCCUGAGUGGCGCAGUGGUCUAAGGCACUGCAUCGCAGUGCUAGCUGUGCCACUAGAGAUCCUGGUUCGAAUCCAGGCUCUGUCGCAGCCGGCCGCGACCGGGAGACUCAUGGGCAGCGCACAAUUGGCCUAGCGUUGUCCAGGGUAGGGGAGGGAAUGGCCGGCAGGGAUGUAGCUCAGUUGAUAGAGCAUGGUGUUUGCAACGCCAGGGUUGUGGGUUCGAUUCCCACGGGGGACCAGUAUGAAAAAAUAUAUGUAUUCACUAACUGUAAGUCGCUCUGGAUAAGAGCGUCUGCUAAAUGACUAAAAUGUAAAAUGUUAUAUUUUUCUAUUUCUGUUUCUCCGUCAGUACUCCAAACAAGUGGACUCCAGAUUUGGAGCGUACGUGGCCUGCUCCUCUCUCAUCUUCUUCUUCAUCUGUUUCAUCCAGAUUGUCAUUGUACCACAGUAAGUACUGAAUCCAAUAUUUUGGUGGUAAAAAAUAGUAAUUGGAAUGCGUCUAUCAGCCACCCGAUACUGACAUUGGUUGUUUUAUUGAUGUCCUUGCAUCAUCCUUGCAUAUUUAAUGGGAACAUUUUUAUAAUCAUCCCGAUGUGGAGUCUGCUUACCAGACUUUUCUCACAUCCUUUAAUUCUAUAUUUCAUCACUGCAUUUUGGUUUACAACCGGUCCAAAAAAAUAUUGGUAAAAAAACCCCACAUUGUAUAGAAAGUUGGUCAUAAAUCCCACCCCCCUGAAUUCUGCCAAUUACAAAAAUAAUAACAACAAAUUUACCCAUUUUAUUUCGGAUAUCCCCAAAAAUAUAUUUUACGAACAAAUUCCAAUAAUCUUCAAACAAUAUAAAGUCAACUUGGAAAAUCAUCAAUCAUCUGUUGAAUAGGAAAAAGGCCUCUACAACUAUCCCAUCUACAGUGGGGGAAAAAAGUAUUUAGUCAGCCACCAAUUGUGCAAGUUCUCCCACUUAAAAAGAUGAGAAAGGCCUGUAAUUUUCAUCAUAGGUACACAUCAACUAUGACAGACAAAAUGAGAAAAAAGAUUCCAGAAAAUCACAUUGUAGGAUUUUUAAUGAAUUUAUUUGCAAAUUAUGGUGGAAAAUAAGUAUUUGGUCAAUAACAAAAGUUUCUCAAUACUUUGUUAUAUACCCUUUGUUGGCAAUGACACAGGUCAAACGUUUUCUGUAAGUCUUCACAAGGUUUUCACACACUGUUGCUGGUAUUUUGGCCCAUUCCUCCAUGCAGAUCUCCUCUAGAGCAGUGAUGUUUUGGGGCUGUCGCUGGGCAACACAGACUUUCAACUCCCUCCAAAGAUUUUCUAUGGGGUUGAGAUCUGGAGACUGGCUAGGCCACUCCAGGACCUUGAAAUGCUUCUUACGAAGCCACUCCUUCGUUGCCCGGGCGGUGUGUUUGGGAUCAUUGUCAUGCUGAAAGACCCAGCCACGUUUCAUCUUCAAUGCCCUUGCUGAUGGAAGGAGGUUUUCACUCAAAAUAUCACGAUACAUGGCCCCAUUCAUUCUUUCCUUUACACGGAUCAGUCGUCCUGGUCCCUUUGCAGAAAAACUGCCCCAAAGCAUGAUGUUUCCACCCCCAUGCUUCACAGUAGGUAUGGUGUUCUUUGGAUGCAACUCAGCAUUCUUUGUCCUCCAAACACGACGAGUUGAGUUUUUACCAAAAAGUUAUAUUUUGGUUUCAUCUGACCAUAUUACAUUCUCCCAAUCCUCUUCUGGAUCAUCCAAAUGCACUCUAGCAAACUUCAGACGGGCCUGGACAUGUACUGGCUUAAGCAGGGGGACACGUCUGGCACUGCAGGAUUUGAGUCCCUGGCGGCGUAGUGUGUUACUGAUGGUAGGCUUUGUUACUUUGGUCCCAGCUCUCUACAGGUCAUUAACUAGGUCCCCCCGUGUGGUUCUGGGAUUUUUGCUCACCGUUCUUGUGAUCAUUUUGACCCCACGGGGUGAGAUCUUGCGUGGAGCCCCAGAUCAAGGGAGAUUAUCAGUGGUCUUGUAUGUCUUCCAUUUCCUAAUAAUUGCUCCCACAGUUGAUUUCUUCAAACCAAGCUGCUUACCUAUUGUAGAUUCAGUCUUCCCAGCCUGGUGCAGGUCUACAAUUUUGUUUCUGGUGUCCUUUGACAGCUCUUUGGUCUUGGCCAUAGUGGAGUUUGGAGUGUGACUGUUUGAGGUUGUGGACAGGUGUCUUUUAUACUGAUAACAAGUUCAAACAGGUGCCAUUAAUACAGGUAACAAGUGGAGGACAGAGGAGCCUCUUAAAGAAGAAGUUACAGGUCUGUGAGAGCCAGAAAUCUUGCUUGUUUGUAGGUGACCAAAUACUUAGUUUCCACCAUAAUUUGCAAAUAAAUUCAUUAAAAAUCCUACAAUGUGAUUUGCUGGAGAAAAAAAUUCUCAAUUUGUCUGUCAUACUUGACGUGUACCUAUGAUGAAAAUUACAGGCCUCUCUCAUCUUUUUAAGUGGGAGAACUUGCACAAUUGGUGGCUGACUAAAUACUUUUUUUCCCCACUGUAUAUUUAAUGUUGAAAUGUGGGUUCCUCUCUGUCAAAGCAAAUCUGAAAAAUUUAUGGAAAUCCCUUGGAUUACAUUAAGGGUAAUUUCCCUUAUCUGCUUCAGUUUGAUCCACCUGAUGUAAUGGAGGUGAUGGAGGUAAUUGGGAUCAGAAGCAGGUCAUGAUGAGAUUGGUGCUUCUUUGGUGAAAUCAGUGUCUUCCUUGAUUAUUGAGCGUCUAACGCAGGGGUGUCAAAUUCAUUCCAUGGAGGGCCUAGUGUCUGCUGGGUUUUGUUUUUUUUCCCUUUCAUUUAAGACCUAGAAAACCAGGUAAGGGGAGUUCCUUACUAAUUAGUGACCUUAAUUCAUCAAUCAAGUACAAGGGAGAAGCGAAAACCCACAGACACUCGGCCCUCGGUGGAAUGAGUUUGACAUGUGCUCUAAUGUAUAACUUCACCAAAUCAAUGCAAAUUGUUAUUGUUCCUAAAUAUUUGAAAAUUGCCAAAGUUAUCCCCCUCUAUAAAUCUGGGGAUCCAAGAUAUUUUACAAAUUAUCACCCAAUAUCUGUACUACCAUGUUUUUAUAAAAUCCUAGAGAAACUGGUGUAUAAAAGAAUGUUGAAACAUUUUAACAAACACUGUAUUCUAUAUGAGCACCAAUAUGGUUUUCGUAAAAACUACAGAUAUUGCUCUUUUACAACUUGUGUGUAAAAUCUUUACAUCCCUGAAUAACAAUGAAUACGUACUUGGCAUCUUUCUGGAUCUAUCCAAAGCGUUUGACAUGGUUGAUCAUGAAAUAUUACUUGCUAAAUUGCAUUAUUACAGUUUUCAUGAUUAUACAUAUAAAUGGCUAUAUAAUUAUGUUUAUGAUAGAGAACAAUUUGUAUAUGCAAAUAAGUUGUGCAUCUACCAGGGCCAAGAUAUCCUAUGGCAUCCCACAGGGUUCAGUCCUUGGACCUUUGUUGUCCCUAAUCUAUAUCAAUGACCUUGCUGCUGUGUCUUCUACUGUACUUCCCAUUAUUUAAUUACUUGAUUUUAUCACACAAGAAUUUCGAUUGACUAAUCAAUGACGCCAACUCAGGCAUGGCCACAUUUUCUGAAUGGUUUCAGAUAAAGAAAUUAUCUUUAAAUGUAAAAAAAAAAAAAAAAAAACUUAAUUGUACUCACUGGUAAGAAUAAGAAUUUUAAUGGGAAUGAAAUAGACCAGGUUUCAUUCACUACAUUCCUAGGUGUCCUAGUUGAUGAGCAGUUGUCCUGGAAAGAUCCUAUUCACUUUGUCUGCAGCAAAGUGGUGAGGUCUGUUGGUAUCAUCAGAAAGAUUAGUGGUUUGGUUUAUCAGACUUGCUUCCUAACACUAUACUACAGCUUAAGUUACCCAUAUCUCAUUUACUGAAAUAUUGCAUACAACAUACCGAAACCCUGCGAUAACCUUCACCCUUCCCACUGCCGCACCUCACAUUGUUAAUUCUCUAGCAGAUACAGAGGUACCAUACUCUGGAAUUCCUAUCUUCACAUUGCCAAAACAUCAUCAUCCCUCAAUAACUUCAAGCAUAGACUAGGGGUCAGCCUGAUGAACCAAACUACCCAGUAGUAGACUAGGGGUCAGCCUGAUGAACCAGACUACCCAGUAGUAGACUAGGGGUCAGCCUGAUGAACCAAACUAUCCAGUAGUAGACUAGGGGGUCAGCCUGAUGAACCAGACUACCCAGUAGUAGACUAGGGGUCAGCCUGAUGAACCAGACUACCCAGUAGUAGACUAGGGGUCAGGGGUCAGCCUGAUGAACCAAACUACCCAGUAGUAGACUAGGGGUCAGCCUGAUGAACCAGACUACCCAGUAGUAGACUAGGGGUCAGCCUGAUGAACCAGACUACCCAGUAGUAGACUAGGGGUCAGCCUGAUGAACCAGACUACCCAGUAGUAGACUAGGGGUCAGCCUGAUGAACCAAACUACCCAGUAGUAGACUAGGGGUCAGGGGUCAGCCUGAUGAACCAAACUACCCAGUAGUAGACUAGGGGUCAGCCUGAUGAACCAACUACCCAGUAGUAGACGUAGGGGUCAGCCUGAUGAACCAACUACCCAGUAGUAGACUAGGGGUCAGCCUGAUGAACCAGACUACCCAGUAGUAGACUAGGGGUCAGCCUGAUGAACCAGACUACCCAGUAGUAGACUAGGGGUCAGCCUGAUGAACCAGACUACCCAGUAGUAGACUAGGGGUCAGCCUGAUGAAACCAGACUACCCAGUAGUAGACUAGGGGUCAGCCUGAUGAACCAAACUACCCGGUAGUAGACUAGGGGUCAGGGGUCAGCCUGAUGAACCAGACGACCCAGUAGUAGACUAGGGGUCAGCCUGAUGAACCAGACUACCCGGUAGUAGACUAGGGGUCAGCCUGAUUAACCAGACUACCCAGUAGUAGACUAGGGGUCAGGGGUCAGCCUGAUGAACCAGACGACCCAGUAAUCCCCUCCAUGUAGCCUCACACACACAUGCACACACACAUAAUCAAACGUUUGAGUAUAUAAUGUACAAUUAUAAUUAGUAUGCAUUGUUUAACUGAUUGAACAAACUUUUUUUGUAUUUGUAUAUUGGUUUUUGUGGUGUGGUUUUCAUAUCAGCCCUUUUGGGCUUCCAACCUCUACCUGUUUUUUAUCUGUACUGUUUUGUCUUUAACUUGUUUUCUUUGGUGCACUUUUUUAAAUAAAAAAAUAAAAUAUAUCAUUCACAACUUGGAGCCCUAGCUCUUUUUGGACUGAGGGCAGGGCUUUGGGGAUGAGUUGAGGAGACAGACAGGACCUAGAUGAGGCUGGUACCUGAGUCCUGUCACCACUAUUCCUCUCCUCUCCCAGGGGGGCUGAUGGGUACCGCUGUGGCUGCUUGUUCAUUAACAUUCCCUUUUUAUUAUUCUCUCGCUCGCUCUCUCUCAGCUCCACUCUGAUGAUUGGGUUCUAUGUCACCUGUCUGAUCAUCCUGAUGGCUGUUAUGUUUGUCUCAGCAGUCUACUCCUGUUUUGGGGUGAGUACUUAUGUUUUCCAAGGAAUUUGUUUGUGUUUCAAAGCUUCUGCAUACUAUGACCACAAUGUGCAACAGCACUAUCCAUCCAUCCAGUACCCACAUAGCUCUGACGCGUUUCUGUGGCUGUUGCAUCAUGCAGAAUAUAUUUACAAUAUAGUCAUUUAGCAGGAGCUCUUAUCCAGAGCAACUGACAGCUGCAAUUAGGGUUAAGUGCCUUGCUCAGCGGCACAUCAACGUAUUUUUCACCUAGUUGGCUCUGGGAUUCAAACCAGCGACCUUUCGCUUACUGGCCCAAUACUCUUAACCGCUACGCUACCUGACGCCCCUAUAACAGGUCUGGUUUCACAGCAUGACAGGGCAGAACACACAGCAGGUAAACCUGCUUGGUGGAUGGUAUUGAUUUUUCCGGCCCUUAGAGUAGCAGUCCCCUGGAGAGACACAGUCAGAGUUAGGCUGCUCAGUGAGGCCUUCAGAGAGGAACUGGCAUGUAAUUGGGCGAAAGAUUAACGUGAAUGUAAACUCACAUUAGGGGUAUUACUGUUUUGUCAGUUGGGGACGUUUGCGAACGACGGCAGCGGACUGAUGAUGUUAUAGCUGUUGUUGUUGUUCCUGGAGGGCCCUCAGGGUAUUUAAUUUCCUGCUGUCUCCUCAUUGGCUGAUGUCCAGCUUGGGGGGAAUGUAAUAGGCCCCAAAAUCAUAAUGGAAACAAGAAGAAGAAGAACAACAGGCACCUGAUCUUCUGUAGUUGAGGGAUUUUUAUAUAUUGUAAGCGGCUUUGAUAAUAUUGUCAUUGUAGCACUGUAAGCUUUGGAAAAGUGAGGGGUUUAAAAUUCCAAAGAGGAUUCUAUAUAACUCCCCAGGUCAAACGCGAUCCACGAAAUCAGUGACUUUUGCGUCCCUUUGAUAUCUUAAGUAGAAAUUGUGCACCAAUAUUGAAUUUUAAAAGCCUGUUAUAUUAAAUGAAGUGCCCUUCAAUAUAGACCACAUGAAAAUUCUAUAGAUCUGAUUUUUUUGUUUGAAAAUACUUAAAAGUGCCAAAAUUCAGCAUUUUGACAUGUCCCUCUGUGAUUUCUAGGAUUUUAACCCACUAAACCCCUAAUAUUUCUCCAAGUUUCACCAUCAUUGUAAAGCCCUAGUUAUUUGGUUGCUUUGACAGUCAUUUCUGAAGAUUAUUAUAUUUCAUGUGAUUAGUGAUUCAUUUUAAGAAGAAAAUAAAACCUGUCCUUCGUUUUAAGGUCAACCCUGUUACGUGAACUGAACUUUCAUUUUUAAUAUGUGAAACUAAUCCUUUUUAAAUACGUUUUUCAAAAGAAACAUUGAACAUCUAAAAGUCAAAUCAUAGUGUAAAAGCAAGUAAGCUGGUUCUACUCUUUUUGACCAUUUUCUGGUGUUUUGUGGUGGAAAACUGAGCGGGUCGAGCAUAACGCGUCAACCCUUUUAUCCAUAGAUAGACAGGCUAGAAAUGUUUUAACAAUUCAAUUGUUUGAUUGAAGCUUGCAUUCAAUUACCCCUCCCUGUUCCACACAGCAAGCUUCCAUUCCCCCUGUCACAAGGGGAUUUAUGGCUGAUUUAAAAUGAAGUCGUCUACCGUUUUACGUCAACCCUGUUACUUUAUUUGGCACUUAAUAGGCACUUACUAUAGCCAUUCAUUUUUAUUUAACUUCCUGAGAUUGGAAAACAUGUUUUUUAUUAAGUUGAACAUGUGCUCUUUAUGAUAGUGUAUUAAAAUUAGGUGAAAUAAACUUGUUUUUUUCACCAAGUCACACUAGUCAAAAGGCACCUAAUUGAUGGAACUACCCGUCUAGACUACAGUUAUGAAUCAUAUCAAAUCAAAUUGUAUUGAUCCUGAAACUGUUUACAUGUUGAAAAUGCUGCAUGCAUGAUCCUCGAUUUUGCAAGGAGUCUGGUUUUGUGGGAGAGGGGUAGGCAUCACUUCUACCAGCAUGUGUAGAAUUGCAGCCAAAAGUCAUAGCUGGGAUUGAUGGCUGUAGGAUACAAACAUAACGCUCUCUAGUAACCCAAAAUACUGUAGACUGACCUACUAACCAUACACCCCCCCCUCCCCCCUCUAUCACCUCCCCUGGGGACAGUUUUUCCCAGUGCCUCUACAGACCCUGUCUAAGAGGAUUGUCCAGUCCAGACUCAACAGCACCCUGGUGGGAGUCUUCACCAUCACCCUGGUGUUUCUCUCUGCCUUCAUCAACAUCGUAAGUCCCUGAGCCUCCACUCCAAAUGGUUGCACAGAUCAUUUGAAGGGGUAAACCCUGAAAGCAAAGCUUACAUGGUUCUGCAUUAAUGAGUGUUUGACAUCUGUGGGCAUCCUGUGUAAAGUCUCCAGGGUUGUGUUUACAUUUACAUUUUAGUCAUUUAGCAGACGCUCUUAUCCAGAGCGACUUACAGGAGCAAUUAGGGUUAAGUGCCUUGCUCAAGGGCACAUUUACGUCAUUUAGCAGACGCUCUUAUCCAGAGCGACUCACAAAUUGGUGCAUUCACCCUAUAGCCAGUGGGAUAACCACUUUACCAUUUUUUUUUGGGGGGGGGGGGUGGGGGGGGGGGGGGGUAGAAGGAUUACUUUAUCCUAUCCCAGGUAUUCCUUAAAGAGGUGGGGUUUCAAAUGUCUCCGGAAGGUGGUGAGUGACUCCGCUGUCCUGGCGUCGUGAGGGAGCUUGUUCCACCAUUGGGGUGCCAGAGCAGCGAACAGUUUUGACUGGGCUGAGCGGGAACUAUGCUUCCGCAGAGGAAGGGGAGCCAGCAGGCCAGAGGUGGAUGAACGCAAUGCCCUCGUUUGGGUGUAGGGACUGAUCAGAUCCCGAAGGUACAGAGGUGCCGUUCCCCUCACUGCUCCAUAGGCAAGCACCAUGGUCUUGUAACGGAUGCGAGCUUCAACUGGAAGCCAGUGGAGUGUGCGGAGGAGGGGGGUGACGUGAGAGAACUUGGGAAGGUUGAACACCAGACGGGCUGCGGCGUUCUGGAUGAGUUGUAGGGGUUUAAUGGCACAGGCAGGGAGGCCAGCCAACAGCGAGUUGCAGUAAUCCAGACGGGAGAUGACAAGUGCCUGGAUUAGGACCUGUGCCGCUUCCUGUGUAAGGCAGGGUCGUACUCUCCGAAUGUUGUAGAGCAUGAACCUGCAGGAGCGGGUCACCGCCUUGAUGUUAGCGGAGAACGACAGGGUGUUGUCCAGGGUCACGCCAAGGCUCUUCGCACUCUGGGAGGAGGACACAACGGAGUUGUCAACCGUGAUGGCGAGAUCAUGGAACGGGCAGUCCUUCCCCGGGAGGAAGAGCAGCUCCGUCUUGCCAGGGUUCAGCUUGAGGUGGUGAUCCGUCAUCCAUACUGAUAUGUCUGCCAGACAUGCAGAGAUGCGAUUCGCCACCUGGUUAUCAGAAGGGGGAAAGGAGAAGAUUAGUUGUGUAUCGUCAGCGUAGCAAUGAUAGGAGAGGCCAUGUGAGGAUAUGACAGAGCCAAGUGACUUGGUGUAUAGGGAGAAAAGGAGAGGGCCUAGAACUGAGCCCUGGGGGACACCAGUGGUGAGAGCACGUGGUGCGGAGACAGCUUCUCGCCACGCCACUUGGUAGGAGCGACCGGUCAGGUAGGACGCAAUCCAGGAGUGAGCCGCGCCGGAGAUGCCCAGCUCGGAGAGGGUGGAGAGGAGGAUCUGAUGGUUCACAGUAUCAAAGGCAGCAGACAGGUCUAGAAGGACAAGAGCAGAGGAGAGAGAGUUAGCUUUAGCAGUGCGGAGAGCCUCCGUGACACAGAGAAGAGCAGUCUCAGUUGAAUGACCAGUCCUGAAACCUGACUGGUUUGGAUCAAGAAGGUCAUUCUGAGAGAGAUAGCAAGAGAGUUGGCUAAAGACGGCACGCUCAAUAGUUUUGGAAAGAAAAGAAAGAAGGGAUACUGGUCUGUAGUUGUUGACAUCAGUGGGAUCGAGUGUUGGUUUUUUGAGAAGGGGAGCAACUCUCGCUCUCUUGAAGACGGAAGGGACAUGGCCAGCGGUCAAGGAUGAGUUGAUCAGCGAGGUGAGGUAGGGGAGAAGGUCACCGGAGAUGGUCUGGAGAAGAGAGGAGGGGAUGGGGUCAAGCGGGCAGGUUGUUGGGCGGCCUGCAGUCACAAGUCGCAGGAUUUUAUCUGGAGAGAGGGGGGAGAAAGAAGUCAAAGUGUUCAAUAGAGCACAGCGUAGCAGAACGUUUUGCAAUGGAAAACAAAAAGUAUUUAUUAUCGGAAAGUUUUUGUGCCUACUGAAACGUUUUGUGCCUACUGAACACUACCCAGUUUUCAUUCAUAAUCAUGUGAACCCCCUUUGACCUCUGUCCUCUGCCCCCUAGUUCACCUGUAGUACUGGAGACCUGAGGGAGUGUCUGAGCUGGGAGCUGAACAUCAGUCGCAGCAGUGUGAACGCCUGCCAUGCACGCAGCCUCAACUACACCCUUGAAUCACUGGACGGCUUCUGUGGCAGCCCCUCACCCAACUGCAACUUCCCUGAGGUGUGUGUGUGUACGCCAAGCUAGGCUUGAGCAGUCAUUCUCACUAUACUUAUUCUGUGCCAGAAGCGGCCAAUUCAUUUCACAAUGGCAAUGCUAAAACAUUUGCAAAUGUUUGACAUCACUCUUUCAUGUCUCCCCUCGCCCCUCCCCCUUCUCUCUCUCUCCCUCCCUCUCCCUCCUCUCCCCCCCUCCACCCACCCACCCUCCCUCUCUCUCUCUUUCUCCCCUCUCCACCCUCCCUCUCUCUCCCGCUGUAGUACUUCUCUUCCUGUGUGUUGUUGACCCUGCUGGCCAGCUCAGUCUUCCUACAGGUCAGCAGUAUAGGUAAACUCUUACUCAUGCUCUUCAUCGAGAUCUUCUACGUCCUCAUCAUGGAGGUGGUAGCGGUCAACCUGUUCGACAACGUAGACCUGCUGGUCAUGGCCAAUGCUAUGUGAGUAGUUUAGAAUAUCCAUUAACUUGCAGGUACAGCAAGGUACAAAACGUAAAGCCGUGAAAGAAAGAUAGAUAACCGAUGAGUCAAUAGUAUUUUAUGCUAAUGCUCUUCAGAGCAAAGCAUUAACGUGUCAGAUGUCUCAUAUGUUUAUUUACUGAUGUACACCUAGCUUUAGAUAUGAUGGAGGAGAACAACCCUGGCUUGUGUAAAUUGCUCUGUAGAUUAAUGUUAGAUUGAGGUGGAAGGGAUUGAUGGCCAUUUAUUCACGACAGGCAAGUUGCAGAUUUAAAUUAAAACCUUUCCUGAGUUUAGUGGUGCGUUUACUUAAUGUAAUGGAUGACUGUUGGUUAGGCCAGAUCAGGUCCUGUCUACAGUUAUCCAUCUUCAGAUGGAGUGGAGGGUUCCGUUGCCCUGUUCUCCCUCUCUCCCUAAAAUGUUCUUUCUUUGUUUUCUCUUCAUAGUGAGCACAUCAAUGGAACCAGGUGAGAUUUAUGUAGCUUAACACUAUUAAACAAAUGGAAACAAAUUGAAACGCACAAAUUGAUUGAGAUCAAUUGUAUCCAAUAUACUGUAGCUUUAAUGCCUCCUAUAGAUCUUCCUGGCACUUCAUAUGCCUUAGGUAGUUCGAUAACAUUGAUAAACAGUGUUGUGACCUUGUAUAUUGUUUAGUAGUGGUAUGUAGUAUCUAGCGUUAUUAGAUAACAUAGAUUAAAGAGUGCUGUGGCCUCAGGCAUGUAGUUGGUCUCUGUAGUUGAUCUGUAAUUGAUCUGUGGUAUCUGUAGUAUCUAGCGUUAUUAGAUAACAUAGAUUAAAGAGUGCUGUGGCCUCAGGCCUGUAGUUGGUCUCUAGUUGAUCUCUGUAGUUGAACUGUAGUUGGUCUGUGAUAUCUGUCCUCUCUGUCCAGCUGUGUGAUGGACUCUAAGGUCCCUCUGAAGAUCAUGACUCCCGUGGUCAUCACGGUCUUCGUCCUGGCCUUGUAUCUACACGCCCAGCAGGUGGAGUCCACAGCCAGACUCGACUUCCUCUGGAAACUACAGGUAGGUGUGCGUUUGUGUAUUAUUUUUUUUUUUUAACCUAUAUUUAAACAGGGAGUCGCAUUGAGAUUAAAAAUCUAUUUUACAAGAGAGCCCUGUAUACAUUACAAUAAAAACAGAAUAAUAAAACAGACACAUACAGUACCAGUCAAAAGUUUGGACACACCUACUCAUUCCAGGGUUUUUCUUCAUUUUUACUAUUUUCUACAUUGUAGAAUAAUAGUGAAGACAUCAAAACUAUGAAAUAACAUAUAUGGAAUCAUGUACUAACCAAAAAAGUGUUAAACAAAUAAAUAUAUAUUUUAUAUUUGAGAUUCUUCAAAUAGCCACCCUUUGCCUUGAUGACAGCUUUGCACAAUCUUGGCAUUCUCUCAACCAGCUUCAUGAGAUAGUCACCUGGAAUGCAUUUCAAUUAACUGGUGUGCCUUGUUCAAAGUUAAUUUGUGGAAUGUAUUUCCUUCUUAAUGCGUUUGAGCCAAUCUCUUGUGUUGUGACAAGGUAGGGGUGGUAUACAGAAGAUAGCCCUAUUUGGUAAAAGACCAAGUCCAUAUUAUGUCAAGAACAGCUCAAAUAAGCAAAGAGAAACGACAGUCCAUCAUUACUUUAAGACAAUCUGGAAAAUGUCAAGAACUUUGAAAGUUUCUUCAAGUGCAGUAGCAAAAACCAUCAAGCACUGGCUCUCAUGAGGACCGCCACAGGAAAGGAAGACCCAGAGUUACCUCUGCUGCAGAGGAUAAGUUCAUUAGAGUUAACUGCACCUCUGAUUGCAGCCCAAAUAAAUUCUUCACAGAGUUCAAGUAACAGACACAUCUCAACAUCAACUGUUCAGAGGAGACUGCGUGAGUCAGGCCUUCAUGGUCGAAUUGCUGCAAAGAAACCACUACUAAAGGACACCAAUUGGGCUCCCGAGUGGCGCAGCGGUCUAAGGCACUGCAUCUCAGUGCUUGUGGCGUCACUACAGACCCCCUGGUUAGAUUCUAGGCUGUAUCACAACCGGCCGUGAUUGGGAGUCCCGUAGGGCGGCGCACAAUUGGCCCAGCGUCGUCCGGGUUUGGCCGGUGUAGGCCGUCAUUGUAAAUAAGAAUUUGUUCUUAACUGACUUGCCUAGUUAAAUAAAGGUAAAAUAAAAUAAAAUAAUAAGAAGAGACUUGCUUGGGCCAAGAAACACGAGCAAUUGACAUUAGACCGGUGGAAAUCUGUCCUUUGGUCUGAUGAGUCCAAAUUUUGAGAUUUUUGGUUCCAACCGCUGUGUCUUUGUGAGACGCAGAGUAGGUGAACGGAUGAUCUCUGCAUGUGUGGUUCCCACCGUGAAGCAUGGAGGAGGAGGCGUGAUGGUGUGGGGUUGCUUUGCUGGUGACAUUGUCUGUGAUUUAUUUAGAAUUCAAGGGACACUUAACCAGCAUGGCUACCACAACAUUCUGCAGCAAUACGCCAUCCCAUCUGGUUUGCACUUAGUGGGACUAUAAUUUUGUUGUUCAACAGGCCAAUGACCCAAAACACACCUCCAGGCUGUGUAAGGGCUAUUUGACCAAGAAGGAGAGUGAUGGAGUGCUGCAUCAGAUGACCUGGCCUCCACAAUCCCCUGACCUCAACCCAACUGAGAUGGUUUGGGAUGAGUCGGACCGCAGAGUGAAGGAAAAGCAGCCAACAAGUGCUCAGCAUAUGUGGGAACUCCUUCAAGACUGUUGGAAAAGCGUUCCUCAUGAAGCUGGUUGAGAGAAUGCCAAGAGUGUGCAAAGCUGUCAUCAAGGCAAAGGGUGGCUAUUUGAAGAAUCUCAAAUAUAAAAUAUAUUUUGAUUUGUUUAACACUUUUUUGGUGUUACAAUGUAGAAAAUAGUAAAAAUAAAGAAAAACUUGAGUCCAAACUUUUGACUGGUACUGUGUAUGUGCAUAAAACAAUAUAAUUCAGCACACAAUAAACCAAAAUAAACUUAUUUAAUAAAAGCAAUCACAUUCAACUACAUAGAGGUCCUCAUUCAGGUGUGUGUCUGGGCCAUCCAAGGUCAUUGAUACCUCCUUGACCCUCCCUCCCUCCCUCCCUCCAGGCCACAGAGGAAAAGGAGGAGAUGGAAGAGCUACAGGCCUACAACCGUCGCCUCCUCCACAACAUCCUCCCCAAAGACGUGGCAGCCCACUUCCUGGCGCGAGAGCGUCGGAACGAUGAGCUCUACUACCAGUCCUGUGAGUGUGUGGCCGUCAUGUUCGCCUCCAUCUCCAACUUCUCUGAGUUCUACGUAGAGCUGGAGGCCAACAACGAAGGAGUGGAGUGUCUCAGGCUGCUCAACGAGAUCAUCGCAGACUUUGACGAGGUGAGUGGGGAGGAGAGAGGUAUGGGGAGGGAGGAGAGGAGAGAGGUAUGA